AUGACGACCAAUUACAGAUCGCUAAAGACAGCGGUGGACUACGAAUAUGGGUAUAUGAUGAAACAAGGGAUCGGGGAAGAAAAGUAUUGGAGAACAAAAUUGGGACCAAAUAACACCUCGUUGAAUAACCCCCCUUCGAUCAGCUCCCAUGUUGAAAAUGGAAAUGCCAAAUUGGUGGAAGCGAAAAAUGUGUGUGACAGAAAUGACCACAAAGGUGAGCAGUCUGAGGAUGAGCUAACAGCAGCACAGAGAAGUGAGACAAAUGGUGAAAUUUUCUUUAAAAAAAAAAACAACUACUACAAAUAUAAUAUAUUAGGGAACUCCACGAGGGAAGACAACACGAUCACCCCUUUGAAUGGAAAGAAGCGCCAUUGGUUAGACGGACGAAAUGAAAAGAGUCAACACAGUGAACAAAAUUUAAAGAGGAAAAAAAUAAAUGAAAUUAUAAAUAAGUAUAAGAAAAACAUGACAUUAUUACAUGGUAGAACAAGUAGUGAACACUCAGUUAACUGUGACGAAGUCAAUUCAAAGGAAGAUGAGUGCAACUCCCAUUUUGAUGGUACCUACAAUUUGAGGGGGGCUAAUCAAGUCGACUGUAUCGAUGCAGAUCAGGCAACUAAUCUUCAGGAGGAAGGGAAUCCUCGGGAUGGUACAAAGAGCCAAGUAUAUGAUAAACACAACGGUGAGAAUGAGCAGUGGGAUAGGUUAAGGUCUCUUCAAAAGGGACAUAAAGAAAUGACAGAAAGUUCAACUCAGGACAUUGCUGCUUCUCGGAAAGGAGAGGGAAGUGUGAAGUGGGAAAAGGGAAGCAUCUCGAAAAAAAAUUCUGAGCCAACAAAAAUUGGUGAACAUGGCGAGCGAAAUUAUAUGACCAGGUAUCCCCUCCUUUUGGAACAACGAAAGAAGGAAUACUAUUAUGGCAGCUCAGAAAAGUUGAUAACUCUGAAAAACUACGGCAUUAGUUUGGGUUAUAAAGACCGUGAUGGUCAAGGGGGGGACAAAAGUAAUUCAAAGCUUUCAUCCCUUUUGAGCGAAAGGAAAAAGGAGGAAAUGGAAGGGGCAGAGCGUCCGAUUAAGCUGCAUGCAACAAACAGAGCAGAUAAUCUUUUGCCCAGUUUCAAUCUCCCCAAGGUGUAUUACUCCUCUGAAGGGGACAAAAAGCAUAGCGCACUGGACACCCAUGUGGGUUUCUCCUGCAAGGGGAGGGACUUUCAAAAGGGUAAAAGCACCGGUGACACAAGUCGGGGUGGCACCCACCUGUUGGAUGAUGACACCGUCUCGAAUAGUUAUCACGAACUCGUGGGCACAGAAAAAUGCAACUCUUUAAAUGUUGACAAGUCCGCCGCUAUUCAGGCAAACCUAAUUAAAGGCGCAACAGAAGGUACCUCGACGGGAACAUUUUCCCACUUUAAUAAACUGUUUAACCAGACGUCGUUCACAGAUCAUGAAAAAAGGAUUAGGGAAAAAUUCGAGCAAAUCAAACAAAUGGAGAAGACGAUCGAUUUUGAGGAGGGUGUAUCGGAUGAGAAUGGGAAGGGAGAGGAUCAGCAGAAUGGAGGAAGCAAAGAAUCACACCAUGUGGAUGAGACCCUGGGCAAAGCAGGCAACGCAACGGGGCGUACAGAAAGUGGAGAGGGGAAGACAAAUGGGGAGAACAACUAUAGUGAGAAAUUUUCGCCACUCAUGGAUAAAGAAGCAUCAGGGGGUACUACUAAUAAAGAGCGGACAUCAAAGAGGGAGACCAAGUUAAGUUACACUUUCGAAGUUGGGGAGACUAAGCCUCAAGGAAAGGAAGAAGAACAUCGACCAGACGAGGGCAACAAUUCGUACCUUCACCAGGAUGAUACAAAUGAGUACUCACAUGGGGAAAAAAACUUAUGCAACUUCAAGGGCGGGGAGAAAUACGACACGGUUGUUAAGGCAAGCCAUCCUGAUGAACAACACACUCAUGUUGAUGAUAAGCCAUCCCCGUGGACGGUGGAGAAUAAUGAUAUGAAUCUUUCUCUUUACGAUAAGAUUAAAUAUUCUGUCUUGAGUAAAGGGGAAAAGGAUUCCCAAUGGAAAAAAGGAGAGGAGGUAGACAUUCACCACGUGAAACCCAUUUCGGAUUACAGCAAAAAUGGGCUUAGGAUUGAACAGAAUAAAAAAUGGGAUGACUUGAGGGAGAAAUAUCUGGACCUGAAAAGAAGACAUGGCCUGGAUUCGAAUGGAGAACAUAAGAAAGGAGAAGAAGGUCGUUACGCUUUGGGGAAAGAAAAGGAAAAAGGUUCCUGGGUAUCGAGCCAGGACAAGGACAAACUGUGUAACUUAUGGGUCGGAGGAAAAACCAGCAUGGGGGAAAGUCUCCCAUCAACAAAUGGAGUGGUGCCCCCUUUAGUUGAAUCAACCUCCCAUUUGGAUCAAUCGCUUAGAAAAAAGGUAGAGCAAAGAAGCGAAAAAAGGACAGAAGCUGAAAAGGAUAAGGUGAAAAUCACCAACUCUCACAUGAAUACGUUAAGUAACGAUAAGACAGCAGAGUAUAGGAGGAAUGGUUUACCAACGCGUAGCGAAGGUGCUGGAAACAGCAUCGGCCAUCGCAAGCGAAAUUGGGCAGACGAGGUGGGGAGGUGCACAGAGAAGCAUUCCAAUCAGGCACUUGCAGAACGGUUGAAAAGUGGCAAAGAUAAAAACUUCGUCAGUGGAGACCUCCGUAACAUUUAUUCACGUAGCCCAGCCCACCAGCGAAGUAGGGGAAAAAGUGGGGAAGUAGACAAGGGUUGGAAAUUUUCCCCCACCAAGGUGAACAAAAUGGGAAAAACACAAUUUGAGGCGUUCACCACAACAGAAGGAAAGAAGAAUAAUUCUUCACAUAUCGGUGUGGCCAACGCAAAGGUUACAAUCCAUGAUAAGGAUAAAGGAGGGACAUACCAAAAUGAGGAUAACAUUUUAAAAAAGUAUCAUCAUUUUUUGAGGAAGUCACCCUCACCGAGGAGUCCAUACAUAAGAGCCAAUAAAGUGAACGGGUACCAAAAUCAAGUGCUUCACGAAAGUGAAGAGUUAAGAGGAAAGGGAAGAAGUAAUCAGCCUGUGAAUAAUAGCCUAAGGAGGGACAAUAACCACAGUGGUGAAAUUGCGCAAGUAAGAGAUUUGGCAAAGAAGAAACCUCCCAUGAGGAAAGGAAUGUCAGGCGAGGAGUACGUGGGAAGGAUAGGCAAACUAAACCCUCAGAAGAAGGACAAAAUCAACGUAGGCGUAAAGACCAAAGCGAAGAAUCCACUCUUCUAUUCAACGAAUUCCCAAACAGAUAUGCACAAAAAAAACAUUGUUGAAACUAUUUCAAAUGAUCUGCACGUGUCCAAUAUACACAGUCUGGAGGAAAUAAAAAAAAAAUAUGAAAAUGUGAUUAAACGAGUGAAGGAAAAUCUUUCUAGUGACAACAACUACUCGAAGAUGCAAGGAGAGGGGAAAAGAACCAACUCGAAUGAAAGGAUAAAAGAAAAUUUGGACAUGAUUAAGGAACACUUUAAUAAAGAAAAAAUGAAAAUAGAUGAGGAGAACAGAAUGAGGCAUGAAAUUAACAUGAGGAGGAAGAUGUACGAAUUAAAGAUUAGGAAAGAUUUUGAGGAAAAAAUUAGAAUUCGCAGGGAGAUGAACGAGAGGAAGGUAAUGGAGGAAGGUCCAAGCGGACAAAAAGAAAAUGUCCGCGUGGUGCAUAACCCCCCACAGGAAGACAUCCAUGCGGAAGAAGCGGAGAAUGGCGCACUUGAGGGUCGACACGGAGGUGGAGCAAAGGGUAAUGAGGUGCAAUAUGGGAAGGCGGCACAACGGGAGACGCAGAGAGACGCGAUAAAACCAGGAAAGAGCAAACAAAAGAAAAACAUCUUUGAAGAUUACUCCAGCGAUGGAAGCUAUUACAAAUACAUGUACAGAAAUCUUUACGAAGAGACAUGGAAUAACAAAACGAAAAGCCACUACCACGAUGUGGGGGACAAUCUGUACCUGGAAGAUUGCUCAGAUCAUUUUUUCCUCAAUGCGAAGACACACCCUUCAGUUGCCGAUACCCUUUCGAACAGUUUUGACAAUGAGUUGAUAUCACUGAGCAAAAUAAAGUUUGACGAUUUUGACUACAAUUAUUUGAACGAGAUUAACAGAUCUGUGUUGAAGAAAAAGGAAACCCCGCUGCGUUCACUCGGUGCAAUUCAAUCACACCGUUCACCUUAUUCACGCGUUUCGUCGCACGGGGGAGAUGAGAUGGGAAGAAAUCCCAAUCUGUUGAAGCCGAAGGUCAUAUUGACCGACAGCGAAGGGAGCCCCAGAAGGAAAUGCGCACAAGGGAAUACACAAACGAAUGGUGGAGGACAUAACGAAAGUAUCUUUAGCGAUUCGUCUUUAAUCAAAAAGCGAGAGAGGCGUGGGGGGAGAAAAGCUCCCGAAUGCUUGCGCAUCCCAGCGAACUCCAGUGCGUACAAACAAAACGACAGCGAGAAUAUUCUGAACAAGCUGCUGCUGAUAAAGCGCCAGAAUAGGGCGCGCGCAGGGGAGCCGCGUGAAGAGGUGGAAUCAUAUGAGGAGGUGGAAGCAAACGAGGAGAUAGAACCAGCUGGAGAGACUGAAGUAGAUGAGGAACCCCUCAUGGAGGAAGAAAACAAAACCGACGUGGACGAAGUCACCCUGCAGAAUGACUCACCUGAAGAGGAGAAUGUUCAUCUCGCCAAAAAGAAACAGACACGAAACAAACCAAGCUGCAGCAAUGGUAAAAACACGAGGGGAAGUAACCGCGUCCUACAGAAAAACAUCAGCCCAGAGGAAGAACAUUCGACGGGAAUAAAAGAAUCCAAUUUGAGAGAGACGGAUGUGGGAAAAAAAAAAAAAAAAAAAGAAAGGAAAGUAAACGAAUGGAGAGAUAAAAAUAAUCAGAAGAACCAUUCGAAUAGAUUAGAGAAGGAUCAACAAAAUAAAAUGCCAAAUGAAUCGAGCGGAAGUGACGAAAGUGAAGACGAUGAAAACCAUCUGAAGCGUUCUUUAUCGUCAUCGGAUAACGGAAUUCCAAAAAUUAACAUUCUGAACAAUAGGGAGAAUUAUAUUCCUCUAGACGUUGCUCUUAACUUUGUAAUAGACAAUGAGAAACUGAAAAAAACGAACGUGCAGAAGGAACAUAAGGGAAGCCAAAAAAAGAAGUAA